UAUGGCACGCACACACACACUCACACACACACACACACCGGCAUCCGUCGCUCAAAGACGGAGAGAGCUCGUCGUGUCGAGAAGCAGACACGUUCAACUGGAUCCAUUGACCCAAACAUGCUUGAGAAAAUGUAAAAAUGCAGGUAAACCUCCCUCUCUCUCGUAUCAUUGGUGGUCAGCCAGCUUACACAGUCCACAGAAUACUGGACGUCCGUCGAGUACGUGGGUCCCGGCAGUAUCUUGUGGACUGGGAAGGCUAUGGUCCUGAGGAGCGCUCCUGGGUUCCUGCCAAAGACAUCUUGGACCCAAAUCUAAUUCGAGAAUUUCAUGCUCGCAAGCCCAGUCAUCCUGGAUGGAACGCCAGGAGUCGUUCCUAGAGGGAGGGGUCCUGUCAGAGCUUUUGCUUGAGAUGCUUUAUUUUGGCCACUAG